AUGGUUUACCGCACCAUAAAUCCUCCUGUUGAUGUGACUUUCACCUUCAUGUGCAAAAUCAAUAUUAGCCACAUUAUCAUAUGGCCUCAAGUGGGCAAUCAAAAAUCCAGUGGCUUCCAAGUAUCAACUUGUAAUAAAAAAUCAAGUUCAACACAUAGCUUUGUGAAUGUUGGGACAGGAUUUUUGAAGAAUGAACCAGGGAUUAUUUUUCAUCAUGCUUAUGAACCAAUGAAUAGCAUUACUAGCAACUUCUUACGCCGUAGACUGAUUACAAGGCAAAAUUCUCUUAAUGCUGUUUAUGCAGUUCAAAUAAAAAUAAUGAAAACUAAUCAGUCAUCUGUUCCAGCUAUACUGAAGGUGGAAGUGUGGGGUUUGCCAAGUGUAUCAUGUCCCAAAGAAGUAAGAAUGAAAGUGCUAGAUUUAUGGACUAAUAAGGACAAAAAAGUUGAUAUCAGGAAAGAACAAAAGAAGCCUGAAGAAUGCAAAUUAAGAUCUACUGCUGCAGCAUUAGUUAACCAAGAUUUUGAAAUUCCAGAAGAUUUUCUGGAUCCAAUCACUUGUGAAAUCAUGGUUUUACCAUUCAUUUUACCAUCUGGUAAAGUUGUGGAUCAAAGAACUCUUGAAAAACAUGAAAACCAUGAAGCAAAUUGGGGUCGAAGACCUAGUGAUCCAUUUACUGGAAAACUUUAUACUGAUACAUCAAAACCAGUUCUCGCAGUUGCUUUAAAAGCUAGAAUAGAUAAGUUUCUUAUUGAUCAUGCUGAUGUAGAUGAAUUGAAAAAAAUCCCAAGAACUGUAGGAAGGAAAUUUAAGAGUAGUUCCAGUAUCCAAGGAAAUGAUGAGGUAAUUGCAAAAGAUGAUUCACAAAUUGAGCAGAAUUUAGUGAAAACAUCUAUUAAAAAGGCUUGUGAGCAAAUUGUUAAUAUUGGAAACGAACAACAAAGAUUAUCAAUUAACAAGCAAAAAAGAACCUGUGAAUUUUCAGAGCCAACGAGUAAGAAAUUUAAACUUGAAUCUGUAAGUUCUUUGAAUGAAAGUAUGCCAAACAUUUGUAGUAGCAGUAGCAGUUGCAGUGUUAGUGGUAGUUUCAGGAAUGAUCCAGUUUCUUCAGAAAGUGGACCAAAGCGUACUCAUGAAGAAUUGCUAAAUGACUCCCUUGAUGCAGCCUUGAAGAGUGCUUUGUCAGGUCUUCCAUCAUUUACCAAUUUUACUUGUAGAAAUCAGAAAGUAGAAAAGAAGUGUUCAUUGUGUGAUGAGAAAGAAGUUCUGUAUAUACUUCCUUGUCAGCAUCUCUUAUGCAGAAUGUGCCUUAUGAAAAAGACUAAUAAUAAAGACUGUAAGUGUUUUUGUAAUUUACCUUUCAAUUCUGCUGAUCCCAAGCGUUAUUUUUCAUAA